CCCGGCUGCGGGGCGGCUGGCCCUCGCCCUCCCUCCCUGGAGCGGGCGGAGUCCGCACUUCCGCGGGGCGGGGUCUGUCCAGUGCUGACGUUGGCAGCCGAACCCGGACUAGUUCGAGGCUGCCGGCUGCACUGCCCGGUGGUUGGAUUUUUGCUUCUCGUCCCUGCGCGGGCCCGCUCUCCCACGGCGCGCCGCCCCUCGCUGCUCGGAACGCCGUGGUCGGCGGCUGCCGGUGAUCUGGUGCUCCAGCGCUCGGCGUCCAGGCCCAGUGGCCGUAGGCGGCGUUGGUACCGCGAGCCGAGUCUCCUGGCGGCCCGGGAGCAGCGAGCGAGCGAGUCCGAGGGGUUCUUGGGGCAGGUGGCGCCGCGAAGAUGGUCGCCAAGCAGAGGAUCCGUAUGGCCAACGAGAAGCACAGCAAGAACAUUACGCAGCGCGGAAACGUUGCCAAGACCUCGAGAAAUGCCCCCGAAGAAAAGGCGUCGGUAGGACCCUGGUUAUUGGCCCUCUUCAUUUUUGUUGUCUGUGGCUCUGCAAUCUUCCAGAUUAUUCAAAGUAUCAGGAUGGGCAUGUGAAGUGACUGACCUUAAGAUGUUUCCAUUCUCCUGUGAAUCUUAACUUGAACUCAUUCCUGAUGUUCGAUGCCCUGGAUAAAAACAAUUCAGUAAAUCAUCCUGCCUCAGAAUGACUUUUUCAUAUCAUCCUUCAUGUGUCAUUCCAAGGUUUCUUCAAGAGUCAUUCCAGGUUUUCUAGUCCAUACCACAGUGCCUUGCAAAAGCACCACAUGAAUAAAGCAAUAAAAUUUGAUUAUUAAGUUUCAGUAGUAGACCAUACUUCGCCAGUACAGAAUGAGUUUUAUGUGGUUAUUAAAACUUAUGGCUAAUUAGGUUAAAUCUGUGUUGACAGGGUAUAAAGUUUGUUAACCCUAAUGUGUAAAUGCAAUUAGCUUAACUUAAAUUUUGGAAUCUUAAGAUUUUAUAUAGCUAGGCACUUUAUUACUCUCUUGAAUUGAAAGCACACUCCAUUAUAGGGUCAUCUAACUAUCCUAUAAUAAAGUGCUUAUAAAUGGACAACUACAACGGCCUAGUUUUACCACAAUCAUUGUCAUCUAAAUUUUUUCUUUAAGCUUCAAGGACAUAAUUUAAGUAAAGAUGCUGACAGCCACAUCUGUUUUAGCUAUAAUGUUUCUGUUACACAGCCUUGAAUUUUGCAUGAGUACGUAUAGUCACCUAUGAUCCCAUUUGAAACUCAGUUGAGUGUUUUGUAACUUAAUCAGUAAUUGCAGGUUCGCUAAAAGCUAUCAUGAUGGAAUGAAAUUAGGGAUGGUUUGCUUAUGUCAUAUGAAUUUCACCAGAAUUAACUCAUCAAGGGGCUUACUGUGCUAGACAAAAUUAAGGGGGAAAGACUACAAGAAAUGAAUGCCUCGUUGGAUCAUGUUGAGUCCAGUGUGCCAUAUGAUAUCUUAGCAUGUUAAUUGCACUUUUAACCAAAAAGGCACAUCAAGUAAAAAGUUAUGAUUGAAAUGCCCUUAGGGCUGUAGGUAAAUCUAAAGUAGCAUUUGGAAUUACAUGAAUUUACUGAUAAGAAUCAGUCUAGUCUUCCUUUGUGUGACUUUGUAGGUUGUGAAUGAUCAAAUUUUCUUUUUACUAAUAGUGAGGGUGAGAGUGAUGAGGCAGGUUUGGGGUUUUCUGGUACUUAGCCAGAACUUAGUGCAGAAGCCAAGCGAUGGAGCGAUGUCUGCUUAUGGGGUGGAAGAAGCCUGCUUAUGUUUGUUAUUUGCCUCAGGAGAUCUCUUUUGAAAUAAGCUGUUUUCAAAGGAACAGAAGGGAAACGUGCCACCUGUGCUGUAAGCAGUGUAAACCUCACAGGGGACUUUGGAUCCCCUCAGAUGAGGAGAGUGAAGGUGGCUAGGGACGCACAGGAACGUGUGUGUUUGAACUAGAAAGCUGCUGUGGGUCCACAGGAUCAUGGCUGAUGCGUUCCUGCCUCUUUUCACCCAGGAAGUGAAUCCCUGCACUUGAUUCCCUCUGAAGCAAGUCCUGGUUAACUGAUUCUAUUUUGUUAUAACUUUAAAAGCGAAAGAUAUUCUCUAAAUUUAUAGCAGGUGCCUUAUUUCCUUUGAAUCAAAUCAUUCCAUAUCAGAAUUUCCCUUGGUUCACGGUAGAUAAUUGGCUUUAAGGUACUUUUGUUUUCAGACAUACAGUGUUUUAAUUACUUUGUUUAAUUGCGAUAGCCAGCAAUCAUUUCACAUUUGUAAAAUUACAUUCCCUUUGUGUCUCAUGUAAUUUACGUAUUGAGUACAUUUUAUAUUCAGGUUGGAUUAUGCAUGUUUGGGUCACUGAAAGCUGUGUCUGAUAUAUGGUUUAAAAAUAAAGUUCCCUGGAUAUUUGAUGCUUUUGUUGUAAAAGAAAA